CUUGACAAUAUUGUUUGCCUAAUUGAAACUGCUCGAAACUUAAUGCGGGAGGUCAACAAGGCCAUGAGCGAGCUUCGAAAUAUUGCCGAUCAAGAUCGGUUUUGGUCCGCCUCCAUCCUUCCUCCCGUCCCCUCUCGUCCCCGUCAGCACCGUGCCAGUAUACAGGGCGAGAGUCAUAGCGAGUAA